AUGAGUUUGAUAGGAUGUCGACGGGUAACCAUAGGAGGUAUGGUGGGAAUAGAGAAGAUAGGAACCAGGUAGAUAAUUAUAUGGGGAAUAUCAAAAUGAGAAUCCCGGCAUUUCAGGGGAAGAGUGAUCCUGAAGCAUACCUUGAGUGGGAGAAGAAAAUGGAGCUAGUUUUUGAUUGUCACAACUACUCCGACAUGAAGAAGGUAAAACUUGCUGCCAUUGAGUUUACUGAUUAUGCUAUUGUUUGGUGGGAUCAGUUGUGCAUCAACAGGAGGCGGAGUGGAGAUCGCCCUAUUGACACAUGGGAGGCCAUGAAGAGGGUGAUGAGACGACGAUUUGUACCAUCUCAUUAUUAUCGAGAUCUAUACCUUAAGUUGCAGGGUCUUCGUCAAGGGUCCAGAAGUGUUGAUGAGUAUUACAAGGAGAUGGAGAUGGCUAUGAUUAGAGCCAAUGUUGAAGAGGAUCGGGAGGCAACCAUGGCAAGGUUUUUGAAUGGGUUGAACAGAGAGAUUGCUGACCCAAUCGAGCUACACCAUUAUGUGGAAUUGGAGGAUUUGGUUCAUAUGGCAAUCAAAGUUGAGAGGCAGCUCAAGAAGGGUAGUUCAAGUUCGAGGUCAAGACCGAGCCCACACAAUCCAAGUACAACACCUUGGAGGUCGAACUAUCCAAAGAAAGAAGACCAACCCACUUCAUCAUCUACACCAAAACCAGCCACCACAGCCACGCCACCUCAAGGUAAAACAACUCCUACUAAGUCUCAUUCUAGUGAGAUAAGGUGUUUCAAAUGUCAGGGGCGAGGACACAUAGCUAGCCAGUGUCCAAACAAGAGAGUCAUGGUGAUUCGAGAAAGUGGAGAGAUAGAUUCUGAAGAUGAAGAUGAUCUUGCUGACAUGCCACCAUUGGAAGAUGCUUCUGACAAUGAGUAUGGUCCAGAAUCUGGUGAGAUGCUUGCACUAGUCACAAGGCGAGUCCUGAAUUUGCAAGCAAAAGAAGAGGAAGAAGAGGUGCAGCGAGAGAACAUCUUUCACACUCGUUGUCAUGUGAGAGACAAGGUAUGUAGUGUCAUUAUUGAUGGAGGUAGUUGUACUAAUGUUGCUAGUGCUUCCAUGGUUGCCAAGCUGGGGCUUACAACGCUUAGGCAUCCUUGUCCAUACAAAUUGCAAUGGCUGAAUGAUAGUGGUGAAGUGAGGGUUACAAAACAGGUGCUAGUCUCAUUUCGAAUUGGCAAGUAUGAAGAUGAGGUGUUGUGUGAUGUGGUUCCCAUGCAAGCUGGACACCUCCUUCUAGGAAGGCCUUGGCAAUUUGAUCGGCGGGAAUUUGAGGAUGUGUUUCCUGAGAAAGUACCACAUGGUUUGCCACCUGUUCGAGGAAUAGAACAUCAAAUUGAUUUUGUUCCAGGUGCUUCCAUCCCAAACCGACCAGCCUACAGAAGUAAUCCUGAUGAAACAAAGGAAUUGCAAAGGCAAAUUGAAGAAUUGAUGGAGAAAGGGCAUGUGAGAGAAAGCAUGAGCCCUUGUGCUGUUCCAGUGAUUCUAGUUCCCAAGAAGGAUGGAACAUGGAGGAUGUGCUUUGUUGUAAGUGCUACAGGUAUUCAGGUGGAUGAAGAAAAGAUCAAAGCCAUCCAAGAGUGGCCGACCCCUACAACUAUAGGUAAUGUUAGAAGUUUUCAUGGACUUGCUAGCUUCUACAGGAGGUUUGUGAAAAAUUUUAGCACCAUCGCCGCACCACUUACAGAAGUUAUCAAAAAGAAUGUGAUAUUUAAAUGGGGUGAAGCUCAAGAGGAGGCAUUUCAGCUACUGAAAUACAAGCUUACUCAUGCUCCUUUACUUGCUUUGCCUAACUUUUCUAACACUUUUGAAGUUGAAUGUGAUGCUUCUGGAAUAGGUAUUGGCGCUGUUCUUAUGCAGGAUGGGAGACCGCUUGCAUACUUUAGCGAAAAGCUAAGUGGGGCUGCCCUCAAUUACCCCACCUAUGACAAAGAAUUGUAUGCACUAGUGCGUGCUUUAGAAACAUGGCAGCACUAUUUGUGGCCAAAGGAGUUUGUGAUUCGCACAGAUCAUGAAUCCUUGAAACAUUUGAAAGGCCAACACAAGCUCAACAAGAGACAUGCCAGAUGGGUUGAGUUCAUUGAGACAUUUCCUUAUGUCAUUCGCUAUAAACAAGGUAAGGAGAAUGUGGUUGCUGAUGCCCUUUCUCGCAGGCAUGAGGGUUUCUUGUUUAGGGAGCAUAGGUUGUGUGUACCAAAUUGUUCUUUGAGAGAUUUGCUAGUUAGAGAGUCCCACGGGGGAGGGUUGAUGGGACAUUUUGGAGUUGCUAAGACCCUAGUUAUGUUGCAAGAGCACUUCUUUUGGCCCCACAUGAAACGAGAUGUUGAGCGAAUUUGUGGUAGGUGUGUCACUUGUAGGCAAGCUAAAUCAAGAGUUCAGCCAAAUGGCCUUUACACACCCCUACCUAUCCCUAGUUCCCCAUGGGUUGACAUUUCAAUGGAUUUUGUGUUGGG